AUGUCUGGGGCUACAUCCAUUGUCUACAGAUGCAGGCAGAAAGGGACCCAGAAACCUUACGCCGUCAAAAUGUUGAAGAAGACAGUAGACAAGAAAAUUGUCCGCACAGAAAUUGGAGUUCUUCUUCGCCUUUCUCAUCCAAACAUUAUAAAACUGAAGGAGAUAUUUGAGACCCCUACAGAAAUCAGUCUUGUUCUGGAAUUGGUCACAGGUGGAGAACUAUUUGAUAGGAUUGUGGAAAAGGGUUACUACAGUGAACGAGAUGCUGCUGAUGCUGUUAAACAAAUCCUGGAGGCGGUUGCUUACCUGCAUGCAAAUGGGAUUGUGCAUCGUGACUUGAAGCCAGAAAAUCUACUCUAUGCAACACCAGCACCAGAUGCACCGUUAAAAAUCGCUGACUUUGGACUCUCCAAGAUUGUGGAAGAUCAGGUGACCAUGAAGACAGUUUGUGGAACUCCAGGGUACUGUGCACCAGAGAUACUACGGGGAUGUGCCUAUGGCCCUGAGGUGGACAUGUGGUCUCUGGGGAUCAUCACCUACAUCCUACUUUGUGGCUUUGAACCAUUUUAUGAUGAAAGGGGAGAUCAGUACAUGUUUAAGAGAAUCCUGAACUGUGAAUAUGACUUUGUGUCCCCCUGGUGGGAUGAUGUGUCUCUGAAUGCCAAGGACUUAGUUAAAAAGUUGAUUGUUUUAGACCCCAAGAAACGCCUCACCACUCUACAGGCUUUGCAGCACCCAUGGGUUACAGGGAAGGCAGCAAACUUUGCACACAUGGACAAUGCACAAAAGAAACUUCAAGAAUUCAAUGCUCGGCGUAAACUUAAGGCUGCAGUAAAAGCUGUGGUGGCAUCAACUCGCCUCGGCAGCGCCAGCGGUCACAGCACGCAUGAUAGCAACAAGCCCAGCCGUAACCCGUCUCCCAUCCAUGACUGCAAACCCGAAGAGAAACCCACUCAGGAAGCAGAAGCAACUCCAGAAGAAAUGUCUUAG